UCUAUUUUUAUGUUGCACACGUUGUACACGGCCGCAGAUAAGCACAUAGGUCCCAGCUGGUUCGGGGUGGUUGUCUGUUUAUCACUGGACCCUAGCAGACUAUCGGAGAUUUAGACUGACCACUGGAAGUAGGACAUCUUAUUUUUUUGACAAUUCAGCUGCCCGUAGCACCAAAUCUAGUCAGAAACAAGUCCGCUUCAACCUAGUACCCAGAAUGCCACCUUCAGGAGUAACAGCCCCUCCCCCGGAGAGACUCUACCCAGAUCUGACCCAGUUCUACUUCAGCGAGGGGCUACAGUUCGGCCCUCAAGAUACUCCAGUGGAACCCACCUCCCCUUACCAAACCCUGCUGCGCCCAGACUACCCCCUGUACCCGGAACUAACACAGCUAAACAUCACAGAGGAGGAGGUUCGGGAAAUAGACCCCGACUACCCGACAGAUAACUCCAACGAGGAUGUAGAAGUCUUCAGCUGCAUUGCUCCUGAUUACGACCUUGAGGAUGCAAGGCAGAUGAACUACACUGUGAGGGUCAAUCUGAACAAAGUAGAAAGGAAGAUUCUCAAUGAUAAGACAUUCGAGUUCCUCCCGUCAGCUAUACAUCCCAAGGCCCAGCGUGAGUUUCACUCCUGGAUGAAGUGGCGCACCCAGGUCAACAAGCAACUCGUGGCCAUGAUCCUUAUCAAACAUGGUAAGAAGGUGAUUGUGAGGUCUUCGGAGCUGGAAAGGAAACCUCUGUCUACCAAUACCAUCAGAUCUGUCAUAGAUAAUGCUCAUUCUUGUCAAAGACUUGCUCAGACAGGCCUGCCUGGAAAACCCUACAUCAUGUACGGCAUACCACGGGUCCAACUACCCGGUAGAACACAUCAGGUAUGCAUGUAGGAAGGUGACCCCCACGUACGGGAGGGGUGGAUGUGCUAUAUAAAGGGACCUGUGAAUACGUUCAUGCAUGUUUUGUGUUUGUAAUUUAUGAUGCCAGUGCUUUCAGAACAUUCUCGAACAAUGAGUGCCGCUUCAAACUUUCUGAAGAUGUCUGACUGACAUUUGGUUCUGGUGCUCCAGCAAAAUGUCCCAAGAUUCCUUAUGAGUUCCAAGAACUUCAAAAUAUAGAUCAUAUGAUCCAGAACCCGGGAUGGUUUGAAGGAGGACACAACUGUGCAAUGAAACGGUUUACUUCCUAAUCGGAACGUCAACGUGUUUGCGUCAUUUGCGAUGAACCAUUGUGUUCCCUGCAAUUCCUACUUUGAAGGUUUCAAUUGUAAAUCCAUAUGUUGAUUUGAACGUUCAGAUAUCCAACGUAAACAUGCCUUCAGUAACUAUUGUGGGUGGGUGUUUUAAAAAUGAUCCUUCUUCAAAUCCCACACGCCAUCCCCUGUUUCUAUACCGCCAUGGACUUCUAUGUCCAGGUGUCCUCAUUCACAAGGUUGUGCUGUACAGAGAGUCUGUGUGUGUACGUGUGUCCUAGUCUACGGGAUUGUAGGGGUAUUAUAUUGUAUCAUCAUGUAUAUAGUUUUGUCUCGUGUCCUAUAUUAUACUGAUACUGAACAAAAGUGGGUAAACUGAUUUAUGAAUGUUACAACACACAUUUACAUGUUUUACCGUACCGAGCAUUUACUCCCCGUGGACACUCUUACCACAGUAAGUAUAUCACUCGCGUACAUUUAGUUACUGUCGACUAUUUGUUACUAUUUAGUUACUAUACUGUAAAACCUCAUCACCCUAAUACAGUGCAAUUUACGUUAGUGCAGUCGGUACCAUUGAUGAUAUUCCGGGGCGGUGGUGUAGCCUAGUGGUUUAAGCGUUCGGUCGUCACGCCGAAGGCCCGGGUUCGAUUCCCCACAUGGGUACAAUGUGUGAAGCCCAUUUCUGUUGUCUCCGCAUUGAUAGUACUGGAACGUUGCUAAACGCGGCGUUUUUUAACUUGCUAUGUGUGAAAUGAAUAUUGACAUUACCACUUCCAUCUGUCAAGGAGCGGUGGGGUAGACUUGUGGUUAAAGCGUUCGCUCGUCACGCUUUAGGCCCGGGUUCGAUUCCCCAAAUGGGUUCAAUGUGUGAAGCCCAUUUCUGGUGUCCCCCGCCGUGAUAUUACUGGAAUUUUGCUAAAAGCGGCGUAAACUAACUAACCAACUCACUCACUCUACAUAACUUAGAUCAGACGCACUUUUGUUCAGUGUCUCAUUGUCUUUGAAAUGUACAUUGUGUCCUGACAAAUGCCCUUACAUAUUGUGUUCAUUUCAUCAUUGUCAUAUCAUUAUAUCCACAUUUUGAUUUUUGAUAUAUAUAUAUGUUAUAUACUUUAAAACUCUGAGAAAUUCCAUUUCAGAAAUAUGGGUUGACAGGUGUGGUGCGUUUUGUGCUUGACGUUCACGCCAAUACGAAUGUGAAAUAAUUAUUUGAAUACAAAAUAAAGAAAUAUAAAUUAAA